CUUCCGCCGUCAGUGCUAACAUACCGUGACCGUUUUGAAAUCUUCUGUCUUCUGUCUCUCUGGAUCUGCCAUCGUAGAUCUUUAUCUUUCAACCGCCCCACACCCCGAACACCUAAGGCAUCCGUCAAAACUCCCGAAAUCCACUUGCAAAGGAGGACCGAGGCGUUUCGAAGGAGCGGUAGAACUGAGAUAAUGGCGGGCACAGGCAACCACUGCUCCUUCGUCCUCUUGGCCGAAUUCCACAUUCUCGAAGGAGCUCAGCUGAAGUAUCAGUUCCCGCAACCUCUAGGUGUCGAUGAAUCGUAUGUGGAAUUCUGUUUGAACGAAGUGGGAUUUCUAACUUUUAGACUUCCUGCGUCUAUAUUCCUAUUUCUAUAAUCCCAAUUCCACAACCCCGUCGAACCAUAUUUCUCCCUUCUCCUAUCUCUCUAUUGCCCUCAAGUGUCCUCGCCAUGUCGAUGUUACCAGACGGAGCAGAAGCACAGUCCGACGAUUGGACCGUGUUUUUUCUAAAUCAAAGCCCGUUUAAUACGAUUUCCCCCGUUCUGGCUUUGGAUUCGCCAGAAAUCAGGUCUACGAACUUACCUGGAGAAGACGAUGAUUCGAGGGGAAGCAAGCCGGACUUGUUGUGUGUGUUGAAUUUGGUUCGGACGAAGCUUGAUAAGAGUUUUGAUCGAGGUGCUCGAGUACUUGCAAUGGCGAUCUGUACACGACAUCCUUUUAUUCAAAUAUUCAAGCCCGUAUUGUUAAUGGCACUGGACGACUACCUCCUCAACCCUUCACAAGACUGUCUGGCACGUCUCUUCGAUGCCGUGAACGCGAUGGAUUUAUCGCGGGCCCCUACACUAUCACGACACGAGAAGAUGGUGAUGCGGCUUUCUGAACGGAAAGAUAUCUUUUCAGAGAAGUUCAUGCAGCAGCAACAUACGAGGCCUGUUAGUUGGAAUGCUGCAGCUGGAGGAGCAGCAGGCGGGCAAGGGCAAGGGCAAGGACAGGGACAGCAGCAACAUCGAUCCAAUGCGUCCUUGGAGUCGAAUUUCACCUUUGAGGAAACAAUGCUGAGGAGUAAGGGUAAUGAUGAGAACCGGACGAUUGGGAGGAGCGCUGGUGUUGGUGUUGGUGGGGAACAGUGGGAUGCUGCGGCACGUAGAGCAGAUACGGAGAGCACGGCUACGUCGACUUCGACGAGUGCGCCUUCCGAAACUUCGUUCACGUUGGGCGGAAGUGCUGUAUGGGUUGGAGACGAGAGUGGAUUGGACUUGGUUAAUGCUACGGAUACGGGAGGAGAUGCUAAUAGCGUCACUUCAGCGAGCGGAACGACGAUGGUUGGGUCGACUUAUCGGCCACGACGGUCGACGGACGGGUCGUCAGGAUCGUCUCACAUGAAUACCAGAAUGCUCAACACCUCCAAACCGUCCGCUUCGUAUCUAACGAAAGAUACGCACUUCUUCCAUACCACGGUGGAAUACAAGUCUACAGUGGAAUACAAGGACCACAAACUGCCUAUAAAGAUGCCCUUAUCCACAUUUCCGGAGGAAGUCGGUGACUACUCGUUGAUCACACUUGUCAAAGUCUUCUCCUCUCCUCAGCUAGUUUCCGGCCCUCAACACCCGCAUCUACACACAAGCGGCCCUCAAACACAUCCGAUCAUCAUUCUCUUUAACGCGCUUGUCACGGGGAAGCGAGUCAUUUUCCUGGGACACAAGCGACCCGCAGGAGAAGUUUCAACCUUUGUUUUAGCUGCAUGUGCUCUCGGUUCUGGAUGCGGUGCUGUGCUUCGAGGCUUUGUUGAGCGCGCAUUUCCAUAUGCAAAUUUAAAUAACCGGGAUGAGUGGGAGUCGGUCCCUGCCUACAUCGCUGGCGUCACCAAUCCGAUAUUCGGAACUGGACGUAUGUGGGAUCUUAUGCUCGAUAUCGGAAAUGGAACUGUCACGAUCUCGAAAGACAUCCAUACCGCCCAUCCUGCCAGCGGCGCCACGAGUCUAUUUGCUCCGCUCAUAUCGAGAACAGGAACUUUGAAAGCCGAGGUGAACGGGCUCAAUGAGGAUGAAGUUAGAGGUGGGAAUAAGGAGUUUGUUGUGAAGACGGAUAAUUUGAUGGAUAAUCUGUUUAUCGAAGAUGUCAAGUCUGCUAUUGAAUAUCAUUACGGAGAGAGCGUCGUUCGUGUGAGGUUCAUGGAAUACGUUACGCGCUUUGUGAGGAUCGCGUCGCGUUAUGAGGAGGAAGUUGUUGGGAGUACAACAAUUGGAUAUCCUAACACUCCUUUCGUGGAGAGGUCUCCGACGAGGGCACCGCAACUUGGAAGCGGAAUUGUUUUUACGGAUGAACAAGCUGGGAUGAAGGAGCUGGCCGCUAACGCACAUCGGAUUGAGGCGUGGAGGAAGACGAAUAGUUAUCAAUAUUUUGUUGCGGACUUUGUAAAGUCACAGUCGACAAACCCAAUCCGUGGAUUCGAUGUUUUACAUCAGCUGCUUCGACUUCGACAUGCGAAGCAUAUGACGGAUUCGGAGAUGUAUUUAAUAAUGAAAACGUUGGAAGAGAAUGUUAGGACCUAUGAACAGGUUGUUGAGCUGCUAUCAUAUCUCAUGCCGCUCAGCGGAGGAUUACUCCCGUUAGGCUUCGGUCUCUUUCAUCCACAAGAAACAAUACGAGAUACGACCACUGAUUUAUUUAAUCAUUUGAGGCAGUAUCCGGUUGGUGUGAUUUCACUACAAAGUCUUAACCACUUCCAGCGGUAUGCAUAUGUGAGACAGGCGUGUAUGAGGGAGAAGCAACUGCAACAACCCCUCCAUCAGCAUCAACAUCAGCCUCAAGCCUCGCCUUACCAGUAUGCGGCACCGCCGUCAAUGGCAUCGCGUACCCAUUCGAAUUCGACUGCGAGCAUGAGCCUUGGGGUUGGUGGUGGAUAUUUCGGGUUAGGGGAAAGAGCUAAUGGGGUCUUUUGAGCACCGAGAUGGGUUUCCAAUGAUCUACAUACCAUGUUACCGCUUUUUGCGAUAUGUUGAACAGAGCACAGUUACUACUAGUUUUUUGUUCCAUUUGGUAUUUGUUACUUUUUUGUCUUGACUCUUCACGUUCCUGUUUUUGUAACACCAUCAUCAUCUAGGCUUUUUUCAUGUGUAUUACUCUUCUUCAGGAAGUCUUUUGUUUAAGUUCUGGGUAGUAGUAAGCACCGUGUGGCUGCGGG